CCGCUGGUUGAUUUAAAAAACCAACUCGCCUUUUAACUUUCAAUGCAUUUCGCGCCGGUACCAAAACGAUGUCGUUAGAAGACGAAUGCUUACAUCACGACAGUGACAUUGACGACAUCAACGACGACGGCGCUUCAUUCGGCGUCGUUUCACUGGACGACGAAGGUUUCCCUUCACAAGUUCCAGUCGAAGACGCUUCACCAAACGAAUCAGAGAAAAGCAGUUUCGCCACCGAUUUCUAUCGCUGCGGUUCCGAUUACUCGUCGCUGUUAUCACCAGAAAACAACGGAAACAACGAUUCCCUGCGCGAUUUGUUAUCCUCAGGGAAGAAACUGAAGCAGGCCAAUUUGUUCCAGAUUUGGGGAUUCAAAAGAAAUGUUGCAGUUGGUUCUGUUGAAUCUGAAUCCAAUCAACGUGGUUAUUGUGAUGACGUAGGUGAGGGAAGUGUUUCGUCGGAGAAGAAGAUUUUUAAACGUGGAAAUUGGGGUUCAAUUUUGCGUGAUAAGGGGAAAGUUGUUGAGAAUCCAAAAUCUUCUAGCAAGAGAAAGAGUUUUCAUGGAGAGAAUAGGGUUACUACUCGUUCAUGUCCCUUUUAUAAGAAAAUGCCAGGAACAAACUUCACAGUUGAUGCUUUUCGUUAUGGAUGUGUUGAUGGGUGUUCAGCGUACUUUCUUAGUCAUUUCCAUGCCGAUCAUUAUGGUGGUCUUAGCAAGAAAUGGUCACAUGGCCCUAUUUAUUGCUCGCCUCUUACCGGAUGGCUAGUUCAAAUGUGUCUCUAUGUAAAUCCUUCGUACAUCUGCCCUUUGGAAUUUGACACUGAAUAUGUGAUUGACGGUAUCAAAGUGACUUUUAUAGAUGCUAACCAUUGCCCUGGUGCUGCUUUGAUUCACUUUGAGCUCCCAAAUGGACAAUGUUAUUUGCACACUGGGGACUUUAGAGCUUGUAAACUAAUGCAAGACUACCAUCUUAUUGUAAAUAAACGUGUGAAUGUAUUGUAUUUGGAUACUACAUAUUGCAACCCAAAGUACAAGUUUCCUUCCAAGGAAGAUGUUCUCAACUAUGUUGCUAAAAUUACUAAGAACCACCUCAAAAUGCAUCCCAAAACUUUAGUGGUUGUUGGGGCAUACAGUAUUGGCAAAGAAUGUGUAUAUCUUGCUAUUUCUAAGGCACUUGGGGUAAAAAUCUAUGCAAAUGCUUCAAGAAGAAGGAUAUUGCUCGCUUAUGAUUGCCCUGACUAUUCAGAUAGACUCUGUACAAAUGGAAAUAACACGCUUCUCCAUGUUCUGCCCAUGUCAUCUCUGAGAAUUGAGGCUUUGAAGGAAUACUUGAAAACCUACAAGGAACAAUUCACUUCAGUAUUGGCAUUUCGUCCAACAGGUUGGACCUUCAGUGAGAAGAUAGGCAAUGAUCUGGAACUAAUUAAACCUGUUUCCAGAGGAAAUAUCACCAUAUAUGGGGUUCCCUACAGUGAGCAUUCCAGCUUCACAGAACUACGGGAUUUUGUUCAGUUUUUGAGACCAGACAAGAUAAUCCCUACUGUGAAUGUUGGGAGUGCAGCUAGUCGAGAAAAGAUGCAAUCUUAUUUCCGAGACUGGUUGAAGGGCUGAAGUCUCCGCUGUUCUCUAAAAAAGAUAGAGUCUGAAAUCUUAGGAUUUCAUUUUAAAACCAAUGUGUGGUGAGUGGGGACUCUACGUUUAGUGCUGCUUGAAGGUGAUACUGUGAAGUCUUUUUCCCUUUACCAUUGAGAUUAUGAUUAAAUGCUUCACCAAAAGGAUGCAGUUUUCCUAGACUUUUCUGGUUGAACUUCAGUAUUCUUCCCAAUUGUUCUCUCUGCUAAACGUUUCCUUGCAAUAUCCUACUCUGCAGGAUAUGCAACAAUUUUCCAUCAACCAAAAUAGGAAAAUGUAAAAUUAAUGUUGUACUUAGGCUGUUGGGCAGCUUGCCCAUUUUGAACAAUUUGUUUUACUACUUUUCACCAUUAUAUACAUCAAAGAAAUGACAGCGCGGUGAAAAAUCAUAGGUAAUAUUUCUCGGAGCUUACUACACGAUUCCAAUUAUUUAUAGGCUCGUGUAGUAAUUGUAGGAGCUUUUGCUAAAGUUAUUAGUAUGGUGGUGGGAUUUUGUUUUAUAAAAUUUUGAGAAAUACACCAUUGUACUUAUAUGAUUUAUAUUGGAUAUGAUGAGUCACUGUUUUUUUUU